AUGAUGAGCCGCCACCUGCAGAUCUUUAUGGAGAAGUUUGAGUAUGGAGCAGCAGAAGACAGAAAGAUGAUUAAGCUGCCGGAGACAGACCAUGUCUUUCGCUUCCAGGACACAGACAAAGCCAGCAGCAGCAGCAGCAGCAGCAGCAGCAGCAGCAGCAGCAGCGGCAGCAGCAGCGGCAGCCCGAGCGGUAGUGGGAAGGGGAAAGGGGACAGGAUAAGCCCGAAGGGCUGUCAAAAAGCCACGACUGCAGCAGCGACAGCAGCAGCAGCAGCAAGAAAGCAGCAGCAGCAGCAGCAGCAGCAGCAGGGUAAAUCCUCCGGCAGCAGCAGCAGCAGCCCAUGCGUGCUGCUGCAGUCUAUCGGGCGCCCCUGCUGCGCUGCUUCUGGCGAGCCUGCGGGGCUGCGAGGGUCUGGUUCGAUGCAGAGUCUAAGCCGCAGCAUUGCUGCUGUUGCUGCAGCAGCAGUAGCAGCAGCAGGAAUGGAUCCUGCUGCUGUUGAUGUGGGGCGGGCCUGGUGGCUGCGGUGGCUUUGCUGCUUCGCAGACGAAGAGGACUACAUGCUGCCCAGGCAGGACCCCUUUGCUGCUGCUGCUGCUGCAGCAGCAGCAACUGCAGCGCAAGCUGCAGCAGCAGACACAGCGAAGAACAAAGCAGCUACAAUGACGCCGCAGUCGCCAGAUGCAGCAGCAGCAGCAGCAGCAGCAGCUCAAGAUGCCGCUACGAACGCGAACGCAGACACAGACAUUGACAGCGACACGGACCCAGAAACGAACAGCAGCAGCAGCAGCAACAGCAGCAGCAGCAGCAACAGCAGCAGCAGCAGCAGCGGCAUAGGCAGGAGGCCUCCGCCUCCGUACUGGCGCACAACUUUUCCGCAUUUGUACGGGACCAGCUGCACCUCAGCAGCAAAGAUAGUAGAGGUGGAUAGGUAG